AGCAUCUUUCCUCUCCCACCGCCCGCCCGCCUUCUUCCUUCUCUCUCUCCCCUACAAAACAACAACUCACACACUUUUCCCGCAACCCGUCACUUCCUUGUUUGCACGCAUUCUGUGAAUAGCUGCAUAUCAACCUUUUGAAAACAAAGCCGUAUUCGUUUUUUAUUCCCCUUCUUUCAAACACACCCUCUCCUACUUCUUUGACAAAUUUCCAUCAAAAUGGGUAACGAAGAUGCUGUCUACCUUGCCAAGCUUGCUGAGCAGGCCGAGCGCUACGAGGAAAUGGUUGAGAACAUGAAGAUUGUCGCCUCUGAGGACCGCGAUUUGACUGUUGAGGAGCGCAACCUUCUCUCCGUCGCCUACAAGAACGUUAUCGGCGCUCGCCGUGCCUCUUGGAGAAUAGUCACCUCCAUCGAGCAGAAGGAGGAGUCCAAGGGCAACUCUAGCCAGGUUACUCUCAUCAAGGAGUACCGCCAGAAGAUUGAGGAUGAGCUCGCCAAGAUCUGCGAGGACAUCCUCGACGUCCUUGACAAGCACCUGAUCCCCUCCGCCAAGUCUGGCGAGUCUAAGGUCUUCUACCACAAGAUGAAGGGUGAUUACCACCGCUACCUCGCCGAGUUCGCUACUGGCGACAAGCGCAAGGACUCUGCCGACAAGUCUCUCGAGGCUUACAAGGCUGCCACCGAGGUUGCCCAGACUGAGCUUCCUCCCACUCACCCCAUCCGUCUUGGCCUUGCCUUGAACUUCUCCGUCUUCUACUACGAGAUCCUCAACGCCCCCGACCAGGCUUGCCACCUCGCUAAGCAGGCCUUCGACGAUGCCAUUGCUGAGCUCGACACCCUCUCUGAGGAGAGCUACAAGGACUCUACCCUCAUCAUGCAGCUCCUCCGUGACAACCUCACUCUCUGGACCUCUUCUGAGGCCGAGACCUCCGGCGCCGCCGAUGCCUCUAAGCCUGAGGAGUCCGCCGCCGCUGAGCCCGCCACCACCGCCGCGGCCGAGGAGCCCAAGGCCGAGUAAAGUGCCAAAAGUUCGAUGGACAACACGACCAGACUUCAACCACCUCUCGGUUUGUCGACUUGUCUAAUGUCUCCGGAAUAAAGGUAGACGUUUCUGUUUUUUAUCAAGAGCUACGGCAUUUUUAACGGUAAAACACCAAAGAAAUCAACCAAGGGGCUUGUGCGUAUGUUUUUUGUUUUUACCUUGUCUUUUAUCAGCAACCCGACGGAUCGGUAAUGCUUGCAAGGGCAAUCCUUUGGAGGAGCUCUAUGCAGCAUGUCAAGAUACGACCGCAUGGGUAAAUAAAACUACGAAAAUUGCUUUCAAUAUACCGAACACCACGUUCAUCCGGUAAUGAAGAUUAUACCCAAAGCUCUCUGUGGCCCUUUGUGCUUCUGUGUGAUGAUGUAAUGCAGUGAAAGUGUAAUGUUAAAACAUUUUGUUCAAAUGUAUUGUUAAUUCUUGAUUCGUAUUAUUCAUUAAUGCUAUUUGUCAUCAUCAUCCAGUACCGCAAAAUGUACUUUGAGCCAAAGGCUGCAAUCGUGGCAACCAACCAUGAGUUCACCGAGCUCUUGCGCCUCUUCAAGAUCCUGUUCUUGAAACGUAUACCCUUUAUCAUUGCCACAUCGACACGAGCGAAACCAGCGCUCUCCAUCUUCAUCAAACUCCAAAUCGUCCAAGUCGACAUUCUCGAUACCCGUCUGGAAACGGGAUAAUUCGCCAUCGUUGCCCGCAUUUCUGGCCAGCCGAAGAGCCACAUCAUACUCGGCCCGCUUAGCUGGAGAAGAAAUGAUGGCAAACGCCUGGCUAAUCUGAUCCACCGUGUAUAGGGAUUCUUCUUUUACCGACGAAUCCCGCGCUUUGUCAGGAUGGUUGAGUAGCAGGGCGCGGUGGUAUGCCCGCUUUAUAAGAGUGGCGGCAGCAUCUGAGUUUUCAAUGGCCGAUGCCGUCAGGUUGAGCACUUGGUAGUGAGUGGCAUCGGUGGCAGGACGGCCCAAAGAGGGGCCAUCCAUCUGGCCUUGUGGUUUUAAAGAAGUUGCGAGAGUUGAGAUUUGGAAGAAAUUGAACACAGUGGUCAGUGGUCGACGUCCAGAACUGGUGUAAGAAAGUCUGCAAGUGGCGUCACGUGACGGUGGUGAUGUCCAAAAUUGGUAGCAGAUGCCAGUCGUAUCAACCUGUUCUGGAUAGAUGGCAGGCGUAAUUGGAAGAAGAUAUUUGAUACAGAGAUUGGCUUGUUUACUAGUACUUAUAAUUAUGCUCGAAUAGCUAGGGGGUUAUCAAUCACAUCUGCGAAAGGCAUGGUGCCGCAUAAGCUCCUGAGACUAUAGCGACACAACUGUUGGCAAUGAAAGGCUGUUGUAUAAAAUUACAGGUGUAUAUAUGUACAUAUUCGUCGUUUUGAUACAGUUUGGGCGAGGCUCUGCCGGUCUCGAGAGGUUUAUUUUGGGAACUUGGUCCAGUUCUUCUUGCCGACCUAGAAGUGUAUUUGUUAGUUUGUCUCCAUUGGGAUAGUGUCGUUUGAUAUGCGUACCUUUUUCCAGGCCUUGAUGAGCUGAGGCAUCUCCAGCAUGGCUUUUCU